AUCUCGCAGAACUCUCAAGCUUCCACAACCUCACUUGCAGGCCUCAAAGACAUGCCCGAUCGCAACAAGUCUCCAGCUGGACAGAAUUCGACCCUAAGCUCUACUCGGUCGGUUGUCGUUAAAAAAUACUCGUGUAUGUAUACUACAGAUCUCCAGAAACACAGGAAAGUUUGGCAUGAUGGAUUCGUAAGGAUGCGACACGUGAACUCGAAGGUUUACUUGAUAUCCGAAGAUGGACAUACGUUGGCCGAAAGUUUCAUCAAAAUCUCGACCAGUCGAGCUCAACCUGAAAGUAAUCCGGAUCGAUUGAAUUACAUGAAAGUUCAUCCUAAAUUCAGUCUGGAUGAAGACGAGCAAAUCGAAUUUGACCCGGUUGAAGACAGUGAACUAAGGCCAUCAUCGUAUAUGGCUCGAAUAGUUGAUUUAGUCAAGGUUGAAACUGAGAACGUACCACUCCUUCCACCGUUGAACACCAAAGCACGUCAAGAUCUCCAUAAACGAAAGAUGGAGUACCUGGACCAAACCAUCCAGCAAUUCUCGAAGCGCCCGAAACCAGGCUCAAGUCCACAGACCUCUCAGCUCUCUGACCCUAUUACUCCCUCGACCCCCAUCCCUUCUGCUUCGAGACGAAAAAUGACGGGCUUUGAAACAAGACCGUUCAACAGUCCUCUGAUCAAUAAAUCAAAGCAGUCCAAUUCAUUCGACACACCGGCCUUGGAACGGUUCCGGCCUCCACCCCCAACUAAGCCUAUUACUAGUCAUGUACCACAUCUUCAAUCUCGUUCAGAGCCCCAGAUCGACGAUAAUCAAGAUAACGAGGAUGAAACUCAGUUGAUCGAUGAGCCAGACCCCAAAGAAAACUAUUCUCCUCCACUGCAGCCUCGCCCCCGUAAUCAUCCUCCUCCUCAGCCCAAAGCAAAGCCUCAAAAGACUGACGGUCCACCACGCCCCAAGGACCCGCUCAUUGAAUCCUCAAAGUUGAAAAAUCUACCCGCCUCCUCUUCGAGUCGGGUCUCAGACCAAAAAACCUUAAAAGUCAACUGGGACUCGUUUUUUCUGGCCGCUAAACCGCCAUGAGACUCUGACCUGUUCCCUCCAUUUCGCUUGCUUUUAUCUCAAAUGAAAAAUAAAAAAGAAAUUUUGAUGCUCUGAAUAAUAUUUUACUCUCUAUUAUGCGAUCUAAGUGUUGUACUAGUGCAUCUCUGGCGUUUUUUUUUUUUUUUGAUCUACCACUGGAAUUGUCCAUCAAUGUAACCUUGCUAAGAUGGCCAUUCCUCUGAUGCCUGAAAACCAAAUGUCCUGUCUUACGCAUCAAUUAGAGCAUUGUGUAUUGUUGGGGGUGCAGAAGUCAGCCCUCAGUGAGGAUAAUGAUGAGCCUUG